AUGUUAAAUUUCAAACUGAUUUUGCUGUUGGCCUCUUUCCUACAAUUAAUUUCCUUUUCUGGCUUUCUGAUAUGCUGUUUAACUUCACCAAUAAUCAGGAACUUGGGUUUGGCUCAAGUUGGUGGAGUUUCAUAUGGUGCCUUUGGUUACUGUCAAGCUUUGGAUUCUUUUUCCUGCUCUCGAGUACGAUUAAUAUAUAACGCCUCGAAAGUAAGACUGUCUGGCUCUUCUUUUGAGCGUUGGUGGCUGGGUCCUAAAGCAAGGCACACAAUAGGUGAACUUUUGAUUUCGAUACCGAUUGCUACAUGUAUGACCUUCAUUUGUUUUGUAGUUCCGUUAGUUUUCAUUUUUCUCUUCCAGAGCGAAGGAACUAAUGUCUCACUUAUUGCUUCCAACGCUAUAUUACACAUACUGUCACUUUUGUCAACUAUUUUUGCAUGCAUCGUAAUUUUACUACAAUUUCAUCCUUAUACGACCUGGUGUGGCUGGCUAACUCUUCCCUGUUCCUUCUGCUCAUUAUUGGCGUGCAUUUUAUCUGUUUUGAGUUGGAUAAACCGGCGCAGUCAAGCAGAAAUCAUCGUCAAAGAAGCUAGCAUGGAGAACGUAGAUAGUCUCCUCAAACUAUAUGGAACAAGUCAAACAUCAAGUGCUCAAAGUGAUAAGUAUUCAGAAGCAACCAAGAGUACUGACACGUCUCCCUCUAGGCAGUCCGUUUAUGAUAUCGCAAGUAUUUUCAAUGAUCUACCAAGGACCCUAGAUCCUAAUCAAGAUAAACUGGCUAUAACAAAUCAAGAUGAACGACUACCUGAAAUUAAUUCUUCAUUGAAACAGGCGCCUUCGUUUAUUUUUUUUACUCCAAAGUUGAACGGUGCACAAAUGUUUUCUGGAAGGCAUACUGGAAAUCAAGAAUUCUUAUCCUUGGAUAAAAUUGAUAUAACCAAUUUACCCGUAAAGCAAGAAGAUGUGAAAAUGCCUACUGAAAAAAAAAUGGAAAAUGUUUUGUAUUAUGAGGGAAUCUCAAGUUAUUCACAAAACAACUACGAUCCCCCUUGGUUAUUUGGUGUCGAGGCUCCUCAAUCGGCCAAUUGCUUUAAAAUAUACUCAAAAAAGAACUACGACCUCAUAGAGCCCCCACAAUAUCAACUGCACCAACUGAAACAGUCAAGUAAUUACCAAGAUCAAAGUGAAGUUCCUCACAAUUACUUUAUUCCUCGGCAUUCGCGAGGGAGACCAGUAGGACACAAUCACACUAAUGAUCGCUACAACUCACGUGCUACUCCUGGUAACAGCGAACACUUCCGCCAAACAUUGCCACAAACCUACAAUAUACAAAACAUGCUGCCCAGAAAAUACAAGCCCGCCUACAAACAACAGGCGCAUUGCGUAAAGAGCAACCCACAGCCGGCCUACACUUUCCACUGA